GUGCUUAUUGCUUCCCAAAACGCAGCGCGUUGGAAAUAUCAGAAAACAUAGGAAAUGAACUGAACAGUCUGAACCCUCAAUCGCUACCGCAAAACCCUAGGAAUUAGGAAUCGAACACACAGUGGAUCAGAAAUGGCGUCGGUGAGGGGGAAGGAGACGAUCAAGAGCGUGAUGAAGAAGUUCAGCGACAAAACCCUAACGCCGCGGCUGAAGGAGGAGCUGAAGAAGAAAGGCACCAUGGGAAGCAAAACUCUACCCACCCGAUUGAGAGAGGAGCUCAAGAAGAAAGGCAUACCCGAUUCGAAUAUCAUCAUGGGUCGGGCCAAGCGCGGCAUCUACGCCGGCCGCCACAUCCAGUUCGGCAACCAAAUCAGCGAAGACGGCGGCAACAAGUCGAGGAGGACAUGGAAACCAAAUGUGCAGGAGAAGCGGCUCUUCAGUUACAUCCUAGACCGCCACAUUCGAGUCAAAGUCACUACCCAUGCUCUCCGUUGCGUAGACAAGGCAGGUGGGAUUGAUGAGUAUUUUCUGAAAACUCCUUACCAAAAGAUGGAUACGGAAAUGGGCCUUGUCUGGAAAGCCAGAAUUGAAAAGCUAUAUGAGGAUGUUGGGCACAGGCAAGUUGCGUUUAUUAAACCUGAAGCUGAACCCGAAGCCAACUUGGAACAGGGAUUCAAAAACCUAAAAAUAGAUGAGAGGGAAGUCAAGAGACAAAUGUAUGGUUGGUCGAAGAAACUAAAACAGAUCGAGGAUGGAGCGAACAAACAAGUAGCUGAUGUCAUAGACGCAAAGGUCGAGGUAGGAAUCUCUCAUGUUGAUGUUCCUGAGCAGUUGGUCGCAAACUCCUGAGUUUAGAACUCUUAAACCAGCUUUUUGGAUGUUCUCGGUUUUGGUCAGCUACACCCCAUUUUUCAGAGUUUUGUUUCUCUUCGGGUUUUUUAGAGAGAAAUUCUAGCAGUAGCCGAGCUUGUUCAUGUUUUCUGAUCAUGGAAAUUCAUAUGACAUUCGUGUUGGUUUCACGAAAUCAUUUCUGUAAGUUCAAACAGAGUUUUGCACGAAAUCAUUUCUGUAAUCUGCUCUCGAUCGAGCCCCCCUGUUUUAUCAUUACAUCAAGGAAAAUUAAAUUAAACCAUGAUGCACUUUA